AUGCCUCCAGUCCUUUCUCUUUGUCCCAUUCUUACACCAUUACGUGUUAUUCCUCUAUUUUCUCCACAGCCAACAACUACACCACCACAACCUUCACAACACCGAAAAUUGUUCAUUGGCGGUUUAAACCACGAAACGACAGAUGAUCAGUUAUGUGACUACUAUUCAAAAUGGGGGCAAGUUGUGGAUUGCAUCGUAAUAAGGGAUCCAGUCUCCAGGCAUUCUAGAGGAUUUGGUUUUGUUACUUUUGCAUUGGCAGAAAUGGCUGAUGCAGCGAUGGCUGAACGACCUCACACAAUUGGGGGGAAGGCAGGUAUUCUUUGGGAUUUCCACACUGUUGAAGACCUUCGCCUUUAUUUUGAACGUUUUGGUGAAUUGGAGCAAGUAGAAAUACUUGGAUAUCCAAAAGGUUGUGGUUUUAUUGUUUUUGAAGAAAGUUCUUCAACAAAAUUUUGUUUGGAAAAUAAUCCCCAUAUAAUAAAUGGAAAACAAAUUGAAGUUAAAAAAGAAGAAGAAAAUGGAGAAAAUAAACAAAAAAGAAGAAGAAAAAAAUAUGGAGGGGGAGGGGAAGGAGGAAAUUGUGGAGGAGGGGAAGGAAAAAUUGGAGGGGAAGGAUUGAAUAAAUUGGCUGAAAAUAAUAAUAAUAAUAAACUACGACUAUUAUCUUCACCUUCAUUUUCAAACUAG